GACACUAGAGAGGAAAGAUACCGUUUGAAAGAAGCAACUGAUUUGAACUCAUUUUCAUUUUCUGAAGAUUUAAACCAGCGUGCUACAAAUUUGAAAAAUGGAAGCAAAAACUUUGUCCGUAUUCUUGAGCCUAGCGCUGACUCUAUUUUCGACGAGUCUUGCAGCUGAGAAGAACGAUAAUUUGGACCCGUUUAAUCUCUACUCAACGGACGAUUUCUUCAAUUUGGAAGGUGUCUCGUUCAAUGGGUCGUCGUGGGUUGGGACGGGAGCCGGAUUGAAUGCGUCCUGUACCGAGGAGGAGUUAGCCCAGUUCCCUAUGCGGAUGAGGGCGUGGCUGUUCAACAUCAUGCAGCAGCUGUCUUCUUACCCCGAGUCAGAGGGGGGACUAAAAGAGAGUGAGAGAGAACUGCUGUAUCAGGCGCAAGAAAUGGAAGAUUCCAAUUACAUAAUCCCCGUCCACUGGAAAUUCCUCACUCUCGACACGGACCAGAGUGGCGACAUCAAAGGGGAGGAGAUGACGUCAUUCAUAUCGAUGUUGAACCCUAUCGAUAUGAAUGACGUCAUCUCGAUAUGA